AUGCAUGAGAUAAUAACUUUAUCUGCAUCACAACGAGCUAAUCACCUGACAACACAAUUCUUUAAUUGUCAAGAAGAACUUCUAUACACAGUGGGGGAGAAGCCAAAUGAACCUUCAAUCUUCUUAAAUCCAACCAUAGACAGAAUAUCUAAGACGGUAGCAUACUCACCGAGAGCCAUUUUAUGGGAUGCUCGUACGGGGAAUGGUUCUUUAGCGACAUAUCAGUAUGCUCCUGACACACACGAUUAUCACUACCAAGAUACGGAUGCACCCACCCCAGUAUCAUCAACUAAUAUAAUGACCACCCAUCCCAGGAUCCCUCAAUCAGAAUAUCAAAAAGCACUAGAUAAGAACGAACCAUUGCCAAGAUUGAAUAAGGAGAAUACUAAGUAUUGGUCUGAUUACAGUAAAUUGAUUUAUUCCCCUAAGAGUUUUAGAGGUCUAAAAAAUUGGUAUCACGAUAUAAAGAAUCCAAAUUUACCAGAUUUUCAUAAUUUGCAACAGAGGCAGUUUACUGAUUUUGCCAUGGGUUUUGAUGAAUUUAAAAGUUUUUGCAUGGAUGACUUUAUUGAUGAGCAACUAAGAAUACAACUUGAAAAUUGUGAUACAAUUCAAGGUUUCAACUUGGUAACCGACUUAGAUAGUGGUUGGGGCGGAUUUUCCUCAAAAUUACUUGAAGAACUGAGAGAUGAACUUCCGAAAGUUGACGUCUUCACUUGGGGAUUUAACGAUAAUGAUUAUUACAGUGGAGCAAAAGGGGAUGUCAAAAAUAAAAUUAGAAGCACAGUAUAUUUGGGGAGAGAAUCUAAUUUGUUCUUCCCACUAUGGUCCGAAAAUAAUGCACUAAGUAAUUGGGAAAUUGGAGGAAAAUGUUGUAAGAUAUUUGAUACUAUCAACUCUUUGUUUUCUCAAAAGAGUCCAGAGCAGAUUAAAAAAAUGAGUUUCCUAGAGGAUUGUCUGAUGCUGGACGAUAAGGCAAGAAAAUUUGUAACAAACAUGAUAGAAACCGAUAACAGUAAUGACUAUUCUUUCUACUCACGCGUUACUCCCUUUGGUAAAAACGCUAAGUUAAAUAGAUGCCAUGAAUUCUCAAUAUGCCAACUUUCUAGAAGCUCCAAUCCAAGUACUUCUGGGAAAGAGAAAAGCCAUCUAAAAAAUAAGCAAGAGUUAUAUACCUACCCAUAUUAUCCAUCUGAUACGAUACCUGAUGUCUACAAGGAAGAGGUUGAGUUUAUGAUAAACUUGAAAUUGACGGAGCAUUGUAGAGAUGUCUUCAAUCAUUGGAGUGAUUAUGUUUCAAGGAGAUUUCGCUUCGAUGAAGAUAGAGAAGAAUUAAAAGAUGAGUUAUCGACAAUGGCAGCUGCAUAUGAAAUUGGAUGGUAUGACGACGAAGAUUCUGGCGAUGAUCAGUGA